CGGAAGGAAUUUAAGAUGUCGUCAGAGCACGAGGAGCAGCAGUCGAUGCUGGUCGGUGCAUAGCAAGCAGCGCGCGCUGGGAAAGUGAGUGAGAGAGCUAGAGAUAGAAAAAGGGAGAGAGAGAGAAACAGAGAGAGCGUGUGUGAGGGAAAGAGAGAGAGAGAGAGAGAGAGAGAGAAACAGAGGAAACUUGAGAAGGCACGGCAGGUUCACCUGAGCAGGCGAAGGGACUGGAAGGAAACAUAACUCCUUUUGAAACAAAGAGCGCGCGCUGGAGGAAUGCAGCCGUGACCUCGCGCUCUACCUCGCUCCACUCCAAAUCCUCACGUUGCGCACAAAAACACACACUUACACACACGCACCGCGCGCGCGCGCACCCGCGAGCUCCAAGAGUUUGCGCCCUUUCAGCAUGGCUCUGGACGUCUCGCGCCGGACCACCAGAAGCGCGCUCGCGCCGAGCAGAUGCCGCCACUGUAGCCGCACGGGCUGAACGCAUGCCCAGUGGACGAACCAUGCCCACCCCGCCAGUGAGUCUGCGGACCUGCAACCUGCUGCUCUGCUUCGGCAUCGUCUACCUGAGGCUCGGGGCCCUUUCCUCCGUGGUGGCCCUGGGUGCCAACAUCAUCUGCAAUAAGAUUCCGGGCCUGGCUCCUCGCCAGCGGGCCAUCUGCCAAAGCCGCCCAGACGCCAUCAUCGUAAUAGGUGAAGGAGCUCAGCUGGGCAUCAAUGAGUGUCAGUACCAGUUCCGCUACGGCCGCUGGAACUGCUCGGCCCUGGGGGAGCGCACAGUCUUUGGCCAGGAGCUACGAGUAGGCAGCAGGGAGGCAGCAUUCACCUACGCCAUCACAGCCGCAGGGGUGGCCCACGCAGUCACAGCAGCCUGCAGCCAGGGCAACAUGAGCCACUGUGGCUGCGACCGCGAGAAGCAGGGCUACUACAACCAGGAGGAAGGCUGGAAGUGGGGCGGCUGCUCAGCUGACAUCAAAUAUGGAAUUGAGUUCUCCCGGAGGUUCGUGGACGCUCGCGAGAUUAAAAAAAAUGCUCGCCGGCUGAUGAACCUUCACAACAACGAAGCAGGAAGAAAGGCGCUGGAGGAGCGGAUGAAGCUGGAGUGUAAGUGUCAUGGCGUGUCGGGGUCCUGCACCACUAAGACAUGCUGGACCACGCUACCAAAAUUUAGGGAGAUCGGCUAUAUGCUGAAGGACAAGUACAACAAAGCAGUUCACGUGGAGGUGGUCCGGGCCACCAGACUGCGCCAGCCCACCUUUCUGAAGGUGAAGAAGACGCACGGUUACCAAAAACCCCUGGAGACAGACCUGGUGUACAUUGAACGCUCGCCGAAUUACUGCGAGGAGGACGCUAAGACCGGCAGCGUGGGGACACAGGGGAGGCUGUGUAACCGAACGUCUCCGCACACAGACGGCUGCGACCUCAUGUGCUGCGGCCGAGGCUACAACACACACCAGUACACCAAGGUGUGGCAGUGUAACUGCAAGUUUCAGUGGUGCUGCUUCGUCAAAUGCAACACUUGUAGUGAGAGGACAGAGGUGUUCACCUGCAAGUGAGCAGGUGUGGACUGGGGGAGGGAACUUGGAGACCUUGGAGAACCCAAGGAAUGAAAAGAGCUAAUAUGUUUUGGAAUAUCACGGAAUGGGAAUGGAAUGGGAAUGGUACACUAUCAGCUCUUCAUGGCAUCGUUUUGCACAGCAGACUGUUUUAUAUUUGCUUUCCAGUAGAGGUUAAAUGCUAAACUCUGUCAGUAGGUUUAAGCCCAGCUCUCUAAGCUGAGUUUAACUACCAGAAGCUCAUGCACUGAUGUAUCCUCACUGACUCGAAAGAAAGGACUUCAGGAUACAUGCCGUGCACUGGACCCGAGCAUUGCAUUCUGGGAUCUGUACAUUUUCCAUUCCAAAGGAAGCUCACCAACAAAACGCAAAAAGGAGGCUGCAAGAAUUUCAGUACUGGAACCAGUGACUGGAACUGUUUAAACUGUUAAAAACAGGACUGGUUACGUUAACCUGACUUAUAUAUAACAGAGACAGAGAGAGAAAGAGAAAGAAAGAGGACUGAACAAUGAGGAACAGACAUUGUAGCUCACAAUCUUAAGCUCUGUAAAGAUGAAAAUGGAACUGAACUACAGAAUGCGGACAGUGCAGACUGUAAAACGGAGACGUUGCUACAAGAAGCCUCCUACUGCCAACUGGAAUGUGGUGGAAUAUGUUAGCUGUCCAGUCACACUGGAACUGUCUGUUUGAACACUGAAAAAAUAUUUUUUUUAUUUAUGUUAUAGUCUCUUAAAAAAGCAAAGCACUAACGGGUAGAAAUGUCUUAUUUUGUACUAAGUGUAAAGAAAAACAGAGAGAUGGAUAAAAAGAACUCUUUGUAGAAACUCAUGACUGAAGGUGCGCGUCUUCUAAACUUAAGGCCCCCAGGUUCUCUGACAGAAACGUUUUUAAUCUAAAAUGGUUUAAGCAUUAACGGUGUGUUGACUUCAGAAACCACUUUUUUAGCACAGUUUACGGUUUACUUAUUUAACAUUGGUUCUACUUUGCUGUAGCCUAGCCUUAGUGUGCAGUAAAGUAUGCACUACAAUUUGGAUCAUUCUUCAUUUUGAAACUUAGAAAGUAGCAAACAAAAAGUUUUUAUGUUAAAUAAAAAAGUCAAAUUAUUUUAAGGUCUUUGCUCAACUCAUGAAAUUAAAAAUGUUGCUGGAUGUGUUGUCGAGUGCUGCACUGAUAUAUUUUUUCUAUUCUGGUACGUUGCAAAUGAAACUAAAUAAAUAUGCAUUUGACUGACUGA